AUGUUAACCGAAUCGUCGCCGCGUCCGAGGGGUUUCCCACACCGCGCGGCAGAAGUCGAGGCGAAAGACGUGACUUCUCGUUAUCCAACGGCGGCCAGCAGUGCGACCGAGCCAGGGCUUGCUGGCGCCGAUUAUUUCCAGAAGGGCAGCAUGAUCGCAGCAGAACAGACAGUAUUAGGAGACACUCCUGAAAGUUCAUCCGCAGCGGACAAAGAAAAUGCCAGGCCUCAGCAGGCGCCGCGUGCACCUCUCCCCCUCUUACAGCGUUCAGCCACCUCCGCUCUCUCGAGGCCGCCCCGUCCUCGAUGUCCCUCCUCUGCAAACUGCCUCUCUGCCUCAGCGUCUUUGAAACUCUCCUCAGCCAAGCAAGCGCCUCAAAUUCCGACAGACCUGCGUUCUUGGGCGGAGCUCACUCCUCUGUGUACUCAGAAAACUUCCUCGUUCGCUCGCGCCUUGAAGAGCGAACCCCCAAGCUCCAGCGGCGAGGGAGGUUGCGUCUGCAGGCGCAUGUAUCGCAUCGUCAUUCAGAAAAUUUCCAGCUGCGUGUCUGUUCCACUCAGCGAACAGGUGCCGCUCUCGACUUCAGCGAAUGCGCGGAGCGAAGCGACUUCUCCUCCCGGCAGGGCGCCAAGCUGGCGAACGGGCGAAGACUGGGAGACAGAUGUGAACAUUUUGAGCUCUCUCCAGUCAGUUGCGAGGUUCCAUCCCUCCUGGCUCUUUCAGCCCCGCCGCUCUCCUCAGGCCACAGAAUCGACGGCGGAAGGGCAUCAGUCCGGCGCGUCGCUCUGUGCGGCCUUCAUUGCGGAUCGCGCCCAAAGCCUGCGCAGCUCCGUGGCGCGGCAUGCGCUGCGGACUGCCGCGGCUCUCUUCAGAGCUUGGUCUGGGAAGCAGAGGGACCCUCUUCCGGCAGAAAGCGAAGAAAAGAAGCCCUUCGCUUGCCGGUGCGAGUGCCCCUGUUGCGGUGACCGCGAGGGCGGCGCGUGCCCGUGCUGCACAAAACAGACAGGGGAGGGGAGGGGCGACGCGGCGACCACCCGCGGAGCAGAGGGCAGUGAGGACGAGGUGUUGGCGGUCUCCUCACGGCUUCUUCCGGUUCUCCUGAACAAAGCAGGCGCGGCAGAAAAGAGGUUCCUCGUGAUGGAGGCGGAGGACGCCUUGACAAUUCUCGCUGCGUGCCUGGCGUCCUCCCGGUCUUCGACUCUCCUCGCCUCGACGCUCGACGGCCUGGAGGGCUGCGUGCGGAACUUGAGGACGUCUGCCCCUGCGGGGCGGUUCCUUCAAACCCUGACCGCGAACCUUCUGGAUGAAGCCGCUGAGGCCUCUCUCUCUGCGGGCGUGCAGGCCCGCCACGCUACUGGUCAAGCCACGCAUGUCCUCGAGUCCCCGCGAAAGAGGGCAAUCGACGAGGGCGGCGCAGCGCCUCGCAUCAAUUUCGAGCCUCUCGCUCUGCCUGGACAAGCCCUGCCGCUUCUCCUCGCCUUCGGCCGCGCGCAGCACGCCGGCGCGAGGAAGGCGGCGCGCGCAGCCGUGGAGAACUGCGCACGAGUCGCGUUCUCUGUGUCCUUUCCGAACCGCGGGAGCGCAGGGGUCAGCGGACCAGACGCGGCGUGGAGGGUGCGCCAUCUUUUCGCGUGCCUGCGACGCUUUGUCGAGGCCGCGGAAGAAGAGGAGGACAGAAACAAGAGAGCGAGGUUCGACCCCGCGCAGGCAGGCGAAGUGCCGGCGACACCUGAGCUCCCGGCGCCUGUGCAGGACUCAGAAAAUCUCUGUCUUCUGCGUGAGUGCAUUGCGGCAGCGGUCGCAGCAGACCGAGGGAGCGAGCGAGAGCGCAGGCCGGCCGUCGAGGGCCCUCGAGUGGUGCCGCUCCACAAGAGGCUCGAACUGAUCAAGAGACAGAAAACAUCCGCGGAGGCGCCGAACGACGUUUCGGUGAGUAGAAAGUCGCCGUUGAUCGAAGAGGGAACGCCUGAGAGUCUGCGGGAUGGGAGGUCGCCAGACGCGAGCGCCGUCGCGCCCUCUGAGGCGUCUGCGGCGAAGGAGCUGCCUCGCGAGGCGGAGGCGGCAGGCGCAGCGUCUGCGGCCAGCGAGAAAAAGGGCAGCGAGCGCCGAGCCAACAACUGGAGAAGCUGA